AAGGUUUUGGCAAGUGGUCUAACGCAUCACUUAUGAGAAGAUUUUUGAUCAUGAUUGGUACGUUUGGAAACAGUGCACUGGACCUAAAACGUGUUUAAACCAAAUAAUGCUUACCUGGAAAACGUUGGCUUUCUGCGUUUUGACAGCAACAAUAUUGAAGAGUGGUCAUAAUGCGUGCGUCACUCGAGAAGCCGACAUUGCCUUUCUUCUGGACGUGACUGGUGUCGCAGGCGACGCGGGAAAGAUCGGAAACUUCAUCAAAACAUUAGCCAACGAUUCUUUCAUCAUAGGUCCCAACAACGUAAGCGUCGCCGUUAUAUCGUUUAUACCGUCUGUCACAGCAAUUAUUACACUGGAUCGUGAGCAGUCUUAUGGAAACAUAUGGAGGAGCAUUGAUACAAUUACUGUUGACGCUAAUAAUUUCCGUGGGAGCCAAGCUUCGAGAGCUCUCAGCUACACGCGCUCUUCGUUUCUAAAUCCAUCACACGCGCAAGGUGGGCGUCAUAAUACAAGGAAAAUCAUCGUGCUCAUGACAACAGACUUGUCGCCAGUACUUUGCAGAGCUGUAAAGAACAGCGUGUUAGCAAAAAAUCAAAGUAUCGAAGUGUUUGUCAUAGGCAUUGGAAACAAAGUCAAUAUUUAUGAGCUGCAAGCAUUGUCUAGCGAUCCUGUAGACACGCAUGCGUUAGCCGUCCAGACGUUUGGGGACCUGGAGGAUGUAACCGUCAACAUUUCAACGUCUCUCUGCGCAGUUCCAACAACCCCAAGUACAGAUCUUACCUCAACCAAUUGGUAUCAUUACUACAAACGUCAGUGUCCAGAUCCUACGACCACGACUAGAACUACUUCAUCCACUGCCAGAUAUGACUUAACACUUUCUACAGUGACAACUAAGGACUCGUCCACUGUCACAAGUGGCCCGUUUACACAUUCUGAUGUGACAUGCCGAACGGGGUUCGGUUGUAAUACACGUAAGCAGGCCACGUCAACGUCUCCGACCAAUGCAAAAAACGAAGACAUUUUUAAGAGAUUUAAUCGUGAAGAAGUGAUCAUCUUUGGUCUAAGCGGUGCGGUAUUUGCUUUAGCAUUUCUUUGCGGCUUGUGUGGUUUAUUCUUGUAUCUGACAAAAAGACGUUUAAGGGUCGAACAGGACCGCUCUCGGGAAGGAAAAACAGAAGGUGAGGAUGAUGUGGCGAUAAAGAAGAAAACUGACGAUGCUUGCACUUUAGAGGCGUUAUAAUUUCUGUGCGCCUUGUUUACGAAUAGAGCACAGACAGAAGUGUAAAAGAAAGGCGAAUUAUAAAUGGUUAACAGGGGCGGAUUAAGGC